UCAGUCAUCCUUAUUUUCACAUGGCUGUAUAGACUUGUUUGAGCUUUGUUGGAUACAGAAAGCACAAAAAUAUAUAGGGGGCCUACCUGUAAAUGCCGAUCUAAUAUUCGGUUAUCGGACAUAUGCUUAAACAAGCUCCUUAAGUCAGGUAACUGCAGAAGACAGCAAUGAGAUUUGAAACGACUUUAACAAUCUUGGCUUUCACGGCCACAUUAUCGUGUGCUCAAAUUUCUCGGCUCAUUCCAGACACAGACAUAAAUGCAACUUUGUUGGUCGGUAACUCCAUCUAUCAGCCACCAAGAAGCAAUGAGUACCAGUUACCUAACGAUGAGAGAAGAUAUGCCGCCUUCAUUGAAUCACUUGAGAGCUCUAAUUUGAGACCAAAUACAACUCCAAGCAUUGAGGAGGUGAGUGUACUGCUAAGUAAUGUCACAGCUAUUACAGAGAUUAUUGACGAUAGAGUAACCGGUGACAACACGACGGUCACUAGAAAGCUAGAUCUGGUCAACCGUGUUAAAGCCGACUUGUCACGGUCCGUGUCCUACAUAAAUUUCUUGGAGCCCCUAACGUGGUAUGGUAACGUUAUGGGGACCUGUUAUAAGCUGUGCUAUAACUGCAUCUACUCAGGUACCUGCGUCCCCCGAUACACCUAUCAGUCCUACCUGUCAGUGUGUUGGAAUGGAUGGCUCUGGUACUCACUGUACGUAUUUCAGACUUACCUGCCCACCAGCUGUUACUGCAGCAACAAGGUUCUGUGUACCAUGGCGGCAGAGGAGAUUAACCCCAUCGAUGGCACUCAACGCUAAAAACGUAUGUCUUAGCUCAAGCUGGACUUUACUGGACAAGCAAGUUACAGUCAGUGGACUACUUACACAUAUGGACCAUAUACUUUUGACUGUGCAUCAUUCAUUAAGCCAAUGAGUUAAUCAAAGCUUAUGGUUCAAAAAAUAAAAAUAUGGUUUUAAUUAAAUGAACAAAAAUUCAAGUUAAAAGUUUGCACCUGUAUAAUCAUUAUUUAUAUGUACUUGAUAUGUUGUACGUUUUAACUGUGUUGUAUCCAAGUCUUUAUAGCUAUUAAACUUAAUGACCAUGAA